AUGACAUGUAGAGUAUAUCAUAUAGAAUAUAAUAAUAUUAUAUUAUUAUUAAAUUAGCACAACAUGAAAUUAAAAGGCUUCUACUUUAUCUACCACUUCCCCAGCAUCAAAAUUGCUCUCCCUCUUUCUCUCAGACCACAUCUGAGCAGUUGGAGGGAGGGAUUUGAUUUGACUAAUUAGGAUCGCCAUUAGCCAACGGCAAUGGCGACAGCUAGUCUUACUGGGGUCCGACACAAAACGAAAAAGACAUUACAGACAAAAUACUUUACAAUUUACAUACAUUUAAAAACAUUAACAUGUAGUGUGUGUGUGUGCAUCUAUCAGUUACACAUACAUGUCAGUAUAUACACACAACUAGUAGGUCACAUGGGGGAGAGGCGUUGUGCCGUGAGGUGUUGCUUUAUUUGUUUUUUGAAUCCAGGUUUGCUGUUCACUUGCGGUAUACAGUACCACUCAAAAGUUUGGAUACACCUACUCAUUUUUCUUUAUUUCUACUAUUUUCUACAUUGUAGAAUAAUAGUGUCUCCUAAUGUCUCCUGAGUGGCGCAGUGGUCUAAGGCACUGCAUCGCAGUACUAAUCUGUGCCACUAGAGAUCCUGGUUCGAAUCCAGGCUCUGUCGCAGCCGGCCACGACCGGGAGACUCAUGGGCGGCGCACAAUUGGUCCAGGGUAGGGGAGGGAAUGGCCGGCAGGGAUGUAGCUCAGUUGAUAGAGCAUGGCGUUUGCAACGCCAGGGUUGUGGGUUCAAUUCCCAUGGGGGGCCAGUAUAUAAAAAAAAAGUUUAUUCACUAACUGUAAGUCGCUCUGGAUAAGAGCGUCUGCUAAAUGAUGUAAAUGUAGUGAAGAUAUCAAAACUAUGAAAUAACACAUAUGGAAUCAUGUAGUAACCAAAAACGUGUUAAACGAAUCAAAAUAUAUUUUAGGUUCUUCAAAGUAGCCACCCUUUGCCUUGAUGACAGCUUUUCACACUAUUGGCAUUCUCUCAACCAGCUUCAUGAGGAAUGAUUUUCCAACAGUCUUGAAGGAGUUCCCACAUACGCUGAGCACUUCUGAAAUACAUUUUCUUUAUAUCAUCAUGUUUCUUUAGACCUAACUAAAAUAAAUAAUGGAUUUAUUGUGAUGGUGUAUAUUAAAUAGAUUUAUUAUACUUUUUAAAAUGUAGAUGUAUCCGUGGAGGCCUGGAGAUGCUAAACCUGUUUAUGUUAAUUAAAGGUCAAUUACCAAGAGACCGGCACUCUUUUGCAUGACAUUAACCGGCUGACAAAAUGUAAUUACCGCCACAGCCCCACCUGACUCUAUUGCCACUCCUAUCUGUCAUAUCUUUAAUCUGGGCCUAGAAGAAAGUAUUUGUCCUCAGUCCUGGUGUGAAGCCAAAGUCAUCCCGCUACCCAAGAGUGGUAACGUGGUCUUUACUGGUUCUAACAGCAGACCUAUCAGCUUGUUGCCAACUCUUAGCAAAGUGUUGGAAAAAUACAAUGCUAUUUCUCUGUAAACAAAUUAACAAGACUUUCAGCAUGCUUAACAUGUACUGCACUGACACAAAUGGCUGAUAAUUGGUUGAAAUAAAUUGAUAAUAAGACGAUUGUGGAAGCUGUACUGUUAGAUUUUAGUGCAGUCUUUGAUAUUAUUGACCAUAACCUGUUGUUAUGUCUUAUGGCUUUUCAACCUCUGCCAUAUCAUGGAUUCAGAGCUAUCUGUCUAAUAGAACUCAGAGGGUUUUCUUAAAUGGAAACUUCUGUAAUGUCAAACAUGUCAAGUGUGGUGUACCACAGGGCAGCUCUCUAGGCCCUCCUCUUUUCUAUUUUUACCAAUGACCUGCCACUGGCAUUCAACAAAGCAUGAGUGUCCAUGUAUACUGAUGUUUCAACCAUAUAUGCAUCAGCAACCACAGCUAAUGAAACCCUUAACAAUGAGUUGCAGUCUGUUUUGGAAUGGGUGGCCAGUAAUAAACUGGUCCUGAACAUCUCUAAAACUAAGAGCAUUGUAUUUGGUACAAAUCAUUCCCUAAGUUCUAGACCUCAGCUGAAUCUGGUAAUGAAUGGUGUGGCUGUUGAACAAGUUGAGGAGACUAAAUUACUUGGUGUUACCUUAGAUUGUAAACUGUCAUGGUCAAAACAUAUAGAUUCAAUGGUUAUAAAGAUGGGGAGAGGUCUGUCCGUAUUAAAGAGAUGCUCUGCUUUUUUGGCACCACACUCCACAAAGCAAGUCCAGCAGGCUCUAGUUUGAUCUUAUCUUGAUUAUUGUCCAGUCAUAUGGUCAAGAACUGCAAAGAAAGACCUAGUUAAGCUGCAGCUGGCCCAGCACGUCUUGCUCUUCAUUGUAAUCAGAGGGCUAAUAUUAAUACUAUGCAUGCCAGUCUCUCUUGGCUAAGAGUUGAGGAAAGACUGACUGCAUCACUUCUUGUUUUAUAAGAAACAUGAAGUUUUGGAAAUUCCAAAUUGUUUGCAUAGUCAACUUACACACACACAUCCCCCACCAGACAUGCCACCAGGGGUCUUUUCACUGUCCCCAGGUCCAGAACAAAUUCAAGGAAACAUACAGUAUUAUACAGAGCCAUGAGUGCAUGGAACGCCCUUCCAUCUUAUACAGUACCAGUCAAAGGUUUGGACACACCUACUGAUUUAUAUUUAUCUUUACUAUUUUCAACAUUGUAGAAUAAUAGUGAAUACAUCAAAACUAUGAAAUAACACAUAUGGAAUCAUAUAGUAACCAAAAACGUGUUAAACAAAUCAAAACAUAUUUUACAUUUGAGAUUCUUCAAAGUAGCCACCCUUUGCCUUGAUGACAUCUUUGCACACUCUUGUCAUUCUCUCAACCAGCUUCAUGAGGUAGUCACCUGGAAUGCAUUUCAAUUAACAGGUGUGCCUUGUUAAUUAUUGAUCUUGGCUUCAUAAUACAGUCUCUUAUUAUUUUUGUUGAGUUUAGUCACAUAAUUUCUCAAUUUGCAGUAAGUCAGCCAGUCAGAUGUGCAGCCAGUCUUAUUAGCCAGUCCUUUUGCCCCAUCUCUUUCAACCAUACAGUUUUUCAAUUCCUCAUCAAUCCAUGAAGCCUUAACAGUUCUAACAGUCAGUUUUUUAACAGGUGCAUGUUCAUCAAUAAUUGGAAGAAGCAAUUUCAUAAAUGUAUCAAAUGCAGUGUCUGGAUGCUACUUAUUAAUCAUAUCAGACCAACACAUAUUUUUAACAUCAUCCACAGCUAAAUCUUUUGUAUGAUCUCUUAUACAUUAUUUUAGGCCCAGCUUUUGGAACUUUGGCUUUCCUGGAUAUACCCACUAUAUUGUGCUCACUGCAUCCAAUGGGUACGAAUACAGCUUUAACAUUUAACAGACACUCUUAUCCAGAGCGACUUACAGUUAGUGAGUGCAUACAUUUUCAUACUGGCCCCCCAUGGGAAUCGAACCCACAACCCUGGCGUUGCAAACGCCAUGCUCUACCAACUGAGCUACACGGGACUAGAACAAAGUUCAACAGUAUUAGUAAAAAUGGGAUCAUUAUUGGGGUAAUUAUUGGAAACACUUCACAUAUUGAUUCCUGCUUUCUCACUCUCUUCCCCCACUGAGUGAUGGUCACAAUCUGACAAAUGCAGGAUGUUUCAUUCAGAAAAAGAUAAUGUAUUAUUUUUAACAUCGCAACUGAUAUCUGUCAGUACAUGGUCUGUGUACACAGUGAUCCUAUUUUCCUAAAGGCCAUUCUACAUUGGGGGACUGGUGAUGAUUCAACAUGGUGUUUGAGUGCCUGACGCUGAGGACUCUGUCAGGUCUCUUCGGACAGUUCAUGACAUCGUUGAGUGACACUGCUCUUCCUCUCCCUACAGACGCACUACGGGGACGGGGAGUACAUCAUCAGACAGGGAGCCAGAGGGGACACCUUCUUCAUCAUCAGCAAGGGGAAGGUGACCAACCUUUUUAUAAUAGAGGCGCGUGUAUUAAUGGUAGAGGUGCAAGGCGUCUGUGGGGCUAGCCAAGGCUUGUCUACUAUGGUGAUUACGGUAGAGGUUAGUUCAAUGUCAGAAAGAGGUGAUCUCAUCUUCAUGAGAGUAUAUACUCUAUUUGUGAUGGAACUCCCUGCUGUUAAAUCGUAAUUUUAAAACAUAGGCUUACUGGUCUAGCGGCCUUUCCUCUGCCACAGGUUUUUUUUUGGAAGGAGACUCCAAUAUUAGAGCAAUUAAUGACUGCUGAUCCCUUUCCUUACAGGUGAACGUCACCAGGGAGGAUUCUUCCAAUGAUAUGCCUGUGUACCUGCGAGGCCUGGGCAAAGGAGACUGGUUUGGGGAGAAAGCUCUGCAGGGGUAAGUUGGUUAGUCUUGUCUGUGGAAAGGUCCAUAAUAUAAAGAUUUGCAAGACUGAAUGAGAAACGACUUCUUUCUAAUCACCUUCAAUACAAUAGUAUGAAAGUCAGUGGAAUAUGUAAAAUUAUAGUAUAAAACACCAAGAUCACCUCACCAGGACUGAGAGGAAGGUAGAGAGUAAAAGAGAGAGGGUGAUAGAGGGAGAUAGAGAGUGAUAGAGGGUUAUAGAGGGAGAUAGAGAGAGAUAGAGGGGGAUAGAGGGUUAUAGAGGGAGAUAGAGGGUGAUAGAUGGUGAUAGAGGGAGAUAGAGGGAGAUAGAGGGUGAUAGAGGGAGAUAGAGGGUGAUAGAUGGUGAUAGAGGGAGAUAGAGGGAGAUAGAGGGUGAUAGAUGGUGAUAGAGGGAGAUAGAGGGUGAUAGAUGGAGAUUGAGGGUGAUCCAGGGUGAUACAGGGAGAUAGAGGGUGAUAGAGGGGGAUAGAGAGAGAUAGAGGGUGAUAGAGGGAGAUGGAGGGUGAUUAGCUCAUUGGUCACCAUAGCAACACCCACCCAUAGUAUGCGCUCCAGCAGGUAUAUCUCACUGGUCAUCCCCAAAGCCAACACCUCCUUUGGCCGCCAUUCCUUCCAGUUCUCUGCUGCCAAUGACUGGAACGAAUUUGAAAAAUCUCUGAAGCUGGAGACUCUUAUCUCCCUCACUAACUUUAAGCAUCAGUUGUCAGAGCACCUUACCGAUCACUGCACCUGUACACAGCCCAUCUGAAAUUAGCCCACCCAACUACCUCAUCCCCAUAUUGUUAUUUAUUUUGCUCAUUUGCACCCCAGUAUCUCUAUUUGCACAUCAUCUCUUGCACAUCUAUCAUUCCAGUGUUAAUACUAGUUGUAAUUAUUUUGCACUAUAGCCUAUUUAUUGCCUUCCUCCAUAACUACAUUUGCACACACUGUAUAUAUAUUUUCUGUUGUAUUUUUGACUUUAUGUUUUGUUUUACCGCAUAUGUAACUCUGUGUUGUAGUUUUUAUCGCACUGCUUUGCUUUAUCUUGGCCAGGUCACAGUUGUAAAUGAGAACUUGUUUUCAACUGGCUUACCUGGUUAAAUGAAGGUGAAAUCAAAAUAAAUAAAUAGAGGGUGAUAGAGGGAGAUGGAGGGAGCUGGAGGGUGAUAGAGUGUGAUAGAGGGUGAUAGAGGGAGAUGGAGGGAGAUGGAGGGUGAUAGAGGGUGAUAGAGGGAGAUGGAAGGUGAUAGAGGGAGAUAGAGAGAUCUAGAGGGUGAUAAAGGGUGAUACAGGGAGAUAGAGGGAGAUAGAUGUGAUUAGAUGGUGAUAGAGAUAGAUCGAGGGUGAUGAUGUAGAUUUGGAGGGUGAUCCAGGUGAAUACCUGAGAUAGAGGUUGAUAAGUGAUUAUAGGCGAUGGAGGAGGCUGGAGGGUGAUAGAGUGUGAUAGAGGAGAGGAAUUUGAUAAGGAAUAGAGAGAGCUAGAGGGUGAAAAAGGGUAUCCAGGGGGGAAAUAGGGGCGUUUAAGGGGGUGAAAAGGGGGUUUGGUUUAGAGAGAGAUGGGAGGGUGAUAGAGGGAAUUGAAGGUGUUUCCGGGGUUUGUUAAAAGGAGAUAGGGGUGAAAAGGGUGAUAGGGGGAAAUUUUAGGGACUGGGGGUGAUAGAGGGGUGUAGGGGGGAUGAGGCAAUAGAGGAAAGAUGGAGGGGGGGAUUUAGGGGUGAUAGAGGGUGAUAUAGGGAGUUUGGAGGGUGAAAAGGGGAAAAAUAGAGGGUUUUUUUGGGUAAUAGAGGGUGUUUAGGGGGUUUAGGGGAAUUGGGGUUGUUACCCUUGAUAGAGAGGGGUUUGGAGGGUGAUAAAAAAGGGUGAUAGGGGGGUGAAAAGAUGGGGUCGGGGGUGAUAGAGGGAGAUAUAAGCGAUGGGGGGGAAGAUAGAGAGAGAGAGGGUAUCCAGGGGGGAAAAGGGGGAAAAUAAAAGGGUUGUAAGGGGAUAAAGGGAGAGGGAGGGAGCUGGGGGGUUGAUAGAGGGUGUUUAGAGGGAAAAAGGGCAGAUGGGGGGGGAAAAGGGGGAAAAGGUGAUAGGGGAGUAAAAGAGAGCUAGGGGGGAAAAAAAGGGUUUGGGGGAGAGGGGGGUGAUAGAGGGGGAAGGGGGAGAUAGAGGGGGCAGAUAGUGAUUGGGGAUAGAGGGGAAAUAGAGAGAGAUAGAGUGUGUUUGGGGAGAAGGAGGGUUAAAGAGAGUGAUGAGGGUGUUUAGGGGGAGAUGGAGGGGAUAGAGGGUAUAAAAGGGGAUGGAGGGAUUUUUGGGGUGAUAGAGGGUGAUGGAGGGUGUGAGAGAGAAAAUGGGGGGGGAUAGGGGUUUUAAAGGGGGGGUAGGGGGUGAAUAGGGGUUUAUGAGGAGAUGGGGGAGCUGGGGGGUAAAUAGAGGGGGAUAGGGGAGUGGGGGAGUGGGGGGUGAUGGGUUUAUAGAGAGUGAAGAGGGGGGGAUAGGGGUGAAAAGGGGGAAAGGGGGGGGGAGCGGGGGGGGUGAAAAAUUGUUAUAGGGGAGUAAGAGGGUAUGGAGGGAGAGAAAACGGGGUGAAAAGGGUAAAGAGAGUAAAAGGGGAGAUGGGGGGGGGGAUGGGGGAAAUAGGGUAUAGAGGGAGAUGAGGGGGGAAAUAGAGUGUGUUUUGGGGGAGAUAAGGGUGAUAGGGGGGAAUGGGGGGUGUAGGGGGAGAUAGGGGGUUGAUGGGGGGGAAGGAUAAGGGGGGGUGGGAGGGGGGGAGGGUUUAAAAGGGGGUAGGGGGGGGAAUAAAAGAUAGGGGGUUUUAAAAGGGGGAUAGAGGGAGAGAGGAGGGGAUAGAGGGUAUAGGGGAGAUGGGGGGGAGGGAAGGUGUAGAGGGAGAUAAAAAUCGGGGGGGUUUAUAAAUGGGUGAAGGGGAGAUAGGGGAGAUAGGGGUGAUGAGGGUGAUGGGAAAGGAUAGAGGGUGAUGGGGGAAAAGGGGGGUUAAAGAGGGGGGUAGGGGGUGAUGGGGAAUCGGGGAAUGGGAAGAAUAGAGGGUGAUAGGGGAGAUUGAGGGGACCCCGGGUGUUUAACGGAAAAAGGGGGUUUAAAAAGGGUUGGAAAAGAGGGAGUAGGGGGUAAAUAGAGUGUGAAGGGGAGAUAGGGGUGAAAAGGGGGGAAAAUAGGGGGUGAUGGGGGAGAAGAGGGUGAGGGGGGAGAUUACAGGGUGUGGAGGGGGAUGGGGGGGGGAAAAGGGGGGGUUAUAGGGGGAAAGAGAGGAUGAAUGUUAAAAAAAAAGGGGGUUGGGGGGAAGGGGAAAAAGAUAAAAGGGUUUAUAGAGGGAGGGGGGAGGGAGAUGGAAGGUAUAGGGGGAGAAAAGGAGAGGAUAGGGUGAAAAAGGGGUGUUAUAGGGGGAGAAAAAAUAGAGGGUUAUAGGGGGUUGAUGGAAAAAAUAGGGGGGGAAGGGAGGGAAUGGGGGGUUAAAAAGGGUGAAAGGGGGGGGUUGAUAGGGAGAAAAGAGGGUGAUAGAGAAGAUAAGGGUGAUAGAGGGAGAUUGGGGGUUGACCCCAGGGUGUACACAAAUUUAAAAGGGGGGAAAAAGGGGUUAUAGGGGGAAAUGGAGGGACUGGGGGGGGAUGAGUGGUUUAAGGGUGAUAAGAGGCAAAAGGGGCGAGGGGGGGUGGAAAAGAGGGGGGUGGGUUUUUAUAUAGGGGGGUUUGGAAGGGUGUGGGGGAUAUAGGGGGUUUAUAUUGGGGAUAGGGGUUAUAGAGGGGAGAAAAGGAGAGUUUAAAAGUUUUUGAUGAGGGUGAUGAGGGUUUGGGGGUGAAAAAGGGUUAAAGGGGGUUGUUUAAUGGUGAUCAAAGGGUGAUAGGGGAGAUAUAAGCGAUCUAGGGGGGUUUAGAGAGAGUUUUAAAUUUUGGUGAUCCGGGUAUACGGGGAGAUAGGGGGUUGAAAAGGGGUUGUAGAGGGAGUUUGGAGGGAGUGGAGGGUGAUGGGGGUGAUAAGGGAGAUAAAAGGCCCAAAUGGAGGGUGUUAGGGGGGAGAUAGAAGGUAAAAGGGGGAGGGAAUAGAGGAGUAGGGGGUUUGAAAAGGGGUUGGGGGAAAGGAAAAUGGGGGUGAUAGAGGGGAUAGAGGGAGAUAGAAGGAGGCAAUGUGAAGGGGGAGAUGGGGGUUUGUUAGAGAAGUUAGAGUUGAGGGAAAGGGAAAAGGGGGGGAAAGAGAGUGAUGGGGUUUGAUGAGGAGAUGGGGGGGUUGAUAGGGGGUUUGUUUAGAGGGAAGAGGAAGGGGGGAAAAGGGGGUGUUUAUGAUUGGGGGUGAUAAGAGAAAAAAGGGGGUGGGUUUUUGGGAUAGGGGGGGGAAUGGGAGGGUGAAGAGUUGAUAGAGAGAGAUGGAGGGACGGGAGGGGGGAAAAGGGGUGGGAUAAGGGAUGGGGGAGCGGGGGGGUGAUAGAUGGUUAUAGAGAGUGAUAGAGGUGAUAGAGGGUGAUAGAGGGAGAUGGAGGGAGCUGGAGGGUGAUAUAGUGUGAUAGAGGGAGAUAGAGGGUGAUGGAGGGAGAUACAGGGUGAAAGAGGGUGAUAGAGAGUGAAAGAGGGAGAUGGUGGGUGAUAGAGGGAGAUAGAGGGUAUGGAGUGUGAUAGAGGGAGAUAGAGGGUGAUAGAGGGAGAUAGAGGGUGAUAGAGUGUGAUAGAGGGAGAUAGAGGGUGAUAGAGGGAGAUAGAGGGUGAUAGAGGGAGAUAGAGGGUGAUGGAGGGAGAUACAGGGUGAUGGAGGGGGAUGGAGGGUGAAAGAGGGUGAUAGGGGGAGAUAGAGAGAGAUAGAGGGUUAUAGAGGGGGAUAGAGGGAGAGAGAGAGAUAGAGGGUGAUAGAGGGAGAUGGAGGGUGAUAGAGGGAGAAAUAGGGUGAUAGAGGGACAUGGAGGGUGAUAGAGGGUGAUAGAGGGAGAUGGAGGGAGCUGGAGGGUGAUAGAGUGUGAUAGAGGGAUAUGGAGGGAGAUAGAGGGUGAUGGAGGGAGGUGGAGUGUGAUAGAGGGUGAUCGAGGGAGAUAGAAGGUGAUAGAGGGAGAUAGAGAGAGAUAGAGGGUGAUAAAGGGUGAUGGAGGGAGAUGGAGGGUGAUAGAGGGUGAUAGAGAGAGAUGGAGGGUGGUAGAGGGUGAUAGAGAGAGAUAGAGGGUGAUGGAGGGUGAUAGAGGGGGAUAGAGUGGGAUAGAGAGAUAUAGAGGGUGAUAGAGGGAGAUAGAGGGUGCUAGACGGUGAUAGAGAGAGAUAGAGGGUGAUGGAGGGUGAAAGAGGAUGAUAGAGGGUGAUAGAAGGAGUUAGAGGGAGAUAGAGAGAGAUAGAGGGUGAUAGAGGGGGAUAGAGUGGGAUAGAGAGAUAUAGAGGGUGAUAGAGGGAGAUAGAUGGUGAUAGAGGAAGAAAGAGGGUGAUAGAGGGAGAUGGAGGGUGAUAGAGGGUGAUAGAGUUAGAUAGAGUGAGACAGAGGGAGAUGGAGGGUGAUAGAGGGUGAUAGAGGGAGAUUGAGGGUGAUAGGGGAUAUAGAGGGAGAUAGAGGGAGAUAGAGGGUGAUAGAGGGAGAUAGAGAGUGAUGGGGGGUGAUAGAGGGAGAUGAUGGAAAGGCGCUCUCUAUAGGCCAUCUCACUGUGUGAUUGAAGAGCCCCACCUUGUCAGAUCAGUCAGAUCUCUCAGUUCCCUCUCAUCACGUCAUACCACUUAAAGGCAAAGUCAACCUAAAGUUCAGCUGUUCACAUAUUCCAAUUCCUCCCGCUGCUGUAUGUUGUUGACCUGGUAGAGACCAUGGAGAGAGGCACUAUUGCGGAAGAAGAUUGUAUUUUGGAAGAGAGAUUGUGUGGUGGAAGAGAGGUUGUGUCGUGGAAGAGAGGUUGGGUCGUGUAAGAGAGGUUGUGUCGUGGAAGAGAGGUUGUAUCGUGAAGAGAGGUUCUAUUUUAGAAGAGAGGUUGUAUCGUGGAAGAGAGGUUCUAUUUUAGAAGAGAGGUUGUAUCGUGGAAGAGAGGUUGUGUUGUGGAAGAGAGGUUGUAUCGUGAAGAGAGGUUCUAUUUUAAAAGAGAGGUUGUAUCGUGGAAGAGAGGUUGUGUCAUGGAAGAGAGGUUGUGCCGUGGAAGAGAGGUUGUAUCGUGAAGAGAGGUUGUAUUUUAAAAGAGAGGUUGUAUCGUGUAAGAGAGGUUCUAUUUUAAAAGAGAGGUUGUAUCGUGGAAGAGAGGUUGUGUUGUGGAAGAGAGGUUGUGUCGUGGAAGAGAGGUUGUGUCGUGGAAGAGAGGUUGUAUCGUGAAGAGAGGUUGUAUUUUAGAAGAGAGGUUGUAUCGUGGAAGAGAGGUUGUGUUGUGGAAGAGAGGUUGUAUCAAAAAAGUCAGGUCAGUAGAUCAAGUGGGGUGUAUUAUGAAGUACUGCAUUACAGUGUAAAGUUAUACAAGCAGACCUACAUUAUGUGCAGUACAGUACAGAUGAAUGAUAAAAGUAAAUGUGACAGAAUUCUUUUUUGCUGCGAAUCGGCUCCAAUUAUAUUAAUACUCUUUUUUUUUAAUGGUUUCAUCUCACUGUGUUAACCUAACAAAAGCUCUUUCCUUGACAUGACAGCUACCUGAAGUUCAGCCAUUCUUCUCUGUCCUGGUAUAGCUGUGGAACAAUGUUAUUCAGGUCAUUGGUCCUGAGUUGUAGAAAGCAGCAGCUAUCACAAUGACUGGCACAGUCAAUCAAUGAAGACCUGGGGCUCGCUCUUUCACUCAGCCAGACAGACAGUCUUUGAGUCAGUGUGGUGUGAGGAGAGUUAAAUAGCAGGGAUACCUAUAUGAUGGGUUACAGGUUGCCACGACAGCUGAAGGAGUGUUAUUGAUUCCUGGAGUCGUGAGGCCCAGUGGGGAGAGAAGUGGCGGCAGGUAGCUUAGUGGUUAAGAGCAUUGUGCCAGUAACCGAAAGGUCGCUGGUUCUAAUCCCCGAGCCGACUAGGUGAAAAAUAUGUCGAUGUGCCCUUGAGCAAGGCACUUAACCCUAAUUGCUCCUGUAAGUCGCGCUGGAUAAGAGCGUCUGCUAAAUGACUAAAAUGUAAAGUGUUAACAAAGGAAGUAGUCAGGGUUAAGGCAGGUGAAGUUGUCUGUAUUAGAGAGGAGAUGGACUGGACUGGAAGCUCUCACAGGCAUGACGGAAGGUUAAGCAUUGUUCGCCUCAGGCCAGUAGAAAGUGAACGGUGAGGUUUAGAAAAGCUCACCUCUCGACUUUUAAUCAUCUCCUGGGAAAGAGAAGGCUCAAACUCUAACAUGAGCUGUUAACCGGAUCACUUUUGAAAAGGAUGUGUUAAUGCUGCAGCAGAAAAAGCAUUCAGAUAUUCAAUGUAGAAUAAGUACAAAAGGGAAGUAAACAAAUUCAAACCAAAUCUUUGCUUGUCACCUCAUUUGACAUUAAACUAUUUUCCUGAAAGCGAGUGCUUAGAAUGGUAUUAUUUCAUAAUCAUAAUAGCCCUGUCAUCCUAUGACGUAAAGCUGAGAGAUACUCCUUAACCACCCAUUAUAUAAUUCAGUAGUCAGUUAGGAGUCUACGAGCUCUAUUGAUUGGCUGACUGGAGGCAGUGAGAGAUAGGCACAGUGACCUGCUCCCAGCUCAGAUUAGAGGCGAGGAGACUAGAGAGGAGAGAGAGGUGACAGUAUCAGGGAGGGAUGAUUAAAUCCAGUGUCAGGCUGUGAUUGAAAGAGACAGUGCCUCCUGGUGUUCCCUCGAGCUAUGACAGCUCUCAGGUGGCUAUAUGGUGGCUUCAGUUGUGUACAGUCAAUGGGCCAGGCUAACAUUUGCAGCAGUGUGAAAAUUGCUCAAUUAUAUUUAUUUUUUGGGAUGGGGGGGCAAUAUAAAAACAUAUAUAGCCUAAAACAAUAGACAACUUAAAAUUUACAUAUUUACAUUUCAACCAACAUUCAUGACAUCACACUUGCUUAGACCCACAUGUUCCCACCGUAUCCACACCCUUCCUGCCCAUCUCACAAUAACAUUUUCUCUCAUUCCUCAUCCUUUGGAUAUCUCCAGUGCUUGUAAUACUUUAUGCUAUAUGGCUUCAAAUUGUACUAUUUUGUUUCUCUCUGUAGCUCACUUUUUUUUGUUGUUCAAUAUUUAGAUAAUAAUACAUUUGAUUCAUCCACUGUCUUCACAAUGGAGGAUAAUUUGAUUUCCAUUUUUUGAUAUCAAAAUAUAUCUCACCACACCCUCAUAUGCCAUGUCUUGAAAUAUGCAGAUAGAUGGAUUAAAAGUAAAUGUAUAUUGUAAAACUUCUGACAGCCAACUUUCUAACUCCGCCCAUAACUUUUGGAUUUCAUAGCACUCCCAGAAGGCAUGAAUCAUUGAGUCACUGUUAGUUUUACACUUAAGACAUGACUCUGCCGUUCUGCUGUAGAAUUUGUGAAUUUUGUCUCUUGUAUAAUAAAUUCUGUACAUUAGUUUAUACUGGGUUAAGUGCAUAUUUUCAUUAACUGUAAUUUCGUUAGUUAUGUUCCAACACUCACUCCAUCUUAUGCCGAUAUCAGUUAUUUUUAAGUCUUGGUUCCAAUAGUUUAUUUAGAGAUUUCAGUUGGAUAGGCUGUCUGCAAGUUUUAGUGUAUCUUACCAAUCAUAUCAUAUCCUUUUCUGACUCAAAUAGAAUUCCCUCAACAUUGCUCUGAUGUGCAAAAGAUUUCAGUUCGACAUUUUGUGAUAUAAAAGACAUUCUUUAAAAAAGUAUACUCGGCCAUAGCAGACUUUAUAUGGGGAAAUAAAACUCUUCGAAUGAAUUACGUUUUACAUGUCCCUAAAACUGAGGAUGGUUUUCACCUUCAAGUCUUGGAAUUGUAUCAACUCGCUACCCAAGGCUUUUACUUGCAAUAUAUAGUUAAAUGCACUAAAGAGGAACAAUGGGUACAUAUUGAAGAUGUGCAUGCUCAUCCCCAGAAUCUUUUCACGUGUCUGUUUUCAAAGGAUGGCGCUAAGAACAUUUACAACUCCAUAGUAAAAACACCAUAAAAAUAUGGAAGAAAAUGAAACAGAUUCUACACGAACCUGUAUCACUCCCUAAAAACACACCCCUUUGGAACAAUCCUUGGAUAGCUUUUCAGAAUUCACAGAUAAAUUGGCCACAUUGAAAACUAAAGGCAUAGAGACCAUAAAUGACUUGAUAAUAGGAAAUACAAUUAUUUCCAUAACAGAAUUAAAAAGCAAUUUUGGACUGACCAACGUAGACAUUUUCAAAUGCAUGCAAUUUAAACGUUUUAUAUAGCUUCUGUUGUUUUUCAGAAGGAAUAGUACAUAAACACUUCAACAGAACAAGCAUAGCAAAUAAAGAUAAAACCUGAAGGUGUAAACAAACAGUUUAAUAUUGUUCUACUGAAUAAUAAGACUGUUAAAUAGCCAUCACUAGCCGGCUUCCACACGGUUACGCAACCCUGCACCGUAGAGGCUGCUGCCCUAUAUACAUAGACUUGGAAUCACUGGCCACUUUAAUAAUAGAACACUAGUCACUUGAAUAAUGUUUACAUGCUGCUUUACUCAUCUCAUAUGUACAUACUGUAUUCUAUUCUACUGUAUUUCAGUCAAUGCCACUCCGGCAUUGCUCGAUCUAAUAUUUAUAUAUUUCUUAAUUCCAUUCUUUUACUUUUAGAUUUGUGUGUAUUGUUGUGACUUGUUAGAUACUACUGCACUGUUGGAGCUAGGAACACAAGCAUUUCGCUACACCCGCAAUAACAUCUGCUAAAUAUGUGUAUGUGACCAAUAAAAAUGGAUUUGAUUUGAUUUUGAUUUGAAAAAAUUUAGAUAAUACAAUUAUGAAUCUUGUUAAGGUAUAAGAAUAAGAUGUUAUGUUGUUUGUUGCCAGACUAAACACAUCAUUGACAUUUUGUUCAUAUCAUUGGAAAACGCAAUAAAUGUAUUGUAUCGCACUGGGGUUUCCUCUCCUUAGUUAAUAGCAUUACAAUUCUUGGUUCUGUUUUCCACUACAAACAAAGACAGAGAUGUCUUGUUAUACGCUGAACAUCGAAGCAGCCACAGCCCUGAACAGCUAGGACAUAACGAGCUAUGGUGGUGUAUUAGUUAAACUUUGAAAGGCGCUACAUCUCCAAAUCUGCCGCUCUCCCUUUGAUCUCUCCUCCUCUCCUUUGCCUUAAUUAGCACACAGUCUUCUCCAUUAAUACUGUGUUUAGCAAAUCAAUCAGUGCUUAAAAAAAGGGGCCGUGCUGUUUACCCAAGACGCUGACAUUGAUCUUUAGCGAUAUGUGCUAGAGCUGCUUUGGGGGAGGAGGUGAGUGAGUCGUGAAGAGUUGACUACAGACAGGACAGCACAAUAAUCCUUGUGGUUAAAGGGUUUUGAGUGGAUUACUGGCUUUGAUGUGGAGGAGGUUGUAUGCUAAGUGGACUUUCAUAUCUGUUUUAAACAAAACACCUUGUCCCUCACAUUAAGGCUAAUUAUUGGCUAUAAGGGAGGUGUCAGGAGUCCUCUCUCUCUCUCUCAAACACACAGGAUGCACACACACACACAAACACACACACACACACACAGAAACACACACACACACACACAAACACACACACAGAAACACACACAGACUUCUUUCUUUUUCCCUCUCAGCCACACAUGGGUACACAUACAGUACCUGCCGGAACUUUGCCCAAGGAUGCUUAGGACCAAUCAGUACUCAAUUCAUCGUCAGAGCCUUCCAGCUGCUGAGCCUAAGUGAGCAGGAUGAUGAGUGAAUGUCUAAUUUCGCCGGAGUUAGUUUGGCAGUUGGUAUGAGCAGCCUGACCAGCUCUAUGCUACUUUACAAAGCCUUUGUUUUUCCUGGCAUCUCGCCUAAUCUGUGGACUUUCUUGGCUGGGUGGUGAUAAACUGAGGCCUUAAAUGCCUAUGGCAUUUAUAUUUCCCCCUAGUCUUUGUUAUGUGCACACAUUUCCAGUGAGAUUGACAAGCAUAACCUUUCCUCCAGGCUGCUCUCUCUCUGGUUGUUGAUUGGUGUCGGUGAAGGCAUGGUCUACUAAGACUAAAAUUGAUCUCUGGAGCAUGGACAGGCUAUGGCUGAUCGAGAGCAUAGAGAUCGCUCUCGCUCUCUAGAUGAGAGCGAGGAGAGAGAGCGGAGGAGAGAGAGAGAGAGAGAGAGCGAGAGGGGAGAGAGAGAGACGGGGGGAGAGAGGAUGUGGCGGGAUCUCGAUUCUCAUCUGCUUACUAUAGAUUUCUUUCUCUUUGGCUUCUCUCUCUAUCUCUCUACUCAUGCUCUAUCUCUCUCUCUAUCUUAUCUCCUCUCUCUCUCUCUCUCUCUCUCUCUUCUCUCUCUUCUCCUCUCUCUCUCUCUCUCUCUCUCUCGCUCCCUGUCUCUGUCUCUAUCUCUAUAUAUAGUAGCAGUCAAAAGUUUGGACACACCUACUCUUUCAAGGGUUUUUCUUUAUUUUUUACUAUUUUCUACAUUGUUGAAUAAUAGUGAAGAUAUCAAAACUAUGAAAUAACACAUAUGGAAUCAUGUAGUAACAAAAAGAGUGUUAAACAAAUCAAAAUAUAUGUUGUAUUUGAGAUUCUUCAAAUAGCCACCCUUUGCCUUGAUGACAGCUUUGCACACUCUUGGCAUUCUCUCAACCAGCUUCACCUGGAAUGCUUUUCCAACAGUCUUGAAGGAGUUCCCACAUAUGCGGAGCACUUGUUGGCUGCUUUUCCUUCACUCUGCGGUCCGGCUCAUCCCAAACCAUCUCAAUUGGGUUGAGGUCGGGGGAUUGUGGAGGCUAGGUCAUCUGAUGCAGCACUCCAUCACUCUCGUUCUUGGUUAAAUAGCCCUUACACAGCCUGGAGGUGUGUUGGGUCAUUGUCCUGUUGAAAACAAAUGAUAGUCCCACUAAGCCCAAACCAGAUAGAUGUGUGGUAGCCAUGCUGGUUAAGUGUGCCUUGAAUUCUAAAUAAAUCACAGACAGUGUCACCAGCAAAGCACCCCCACAACAUAACAUCUCCUCCUCCAUGCUUUGUGGUGGGAACUACACAUGCGGAGAUCAUCCGUUCACUCACACCAUGUCUCACAAAGACAAGGCGGUUGGAACCACAAAUCUCAAAUUUGGACUCCAGACCAAAGGACACAUUUCCACCGGUCUAAUGUCCAUUGCUCGUGUUUCUUGGCCCAAGCAGGGCCCUUCUUCUUAUUGGUGUCCUUUAGUAGUGGUUUCUUUGCAGCAAUUCGACCAUGAAGGCCUGAUUCACACAGUCCCCUCUGAACAGUUGAUGUUGAGAUGUGUCUGUGACAUUUAUUUUGGCUGCAAUUUCUGAGACUGGUAACUCUAAUGAACGUAUCCUCUGCAGCAGUGGUAACUCUGGGUCUUCCAUUCCUGUGGUGGUCCUCAUGAGAGCCAGUUUCAUCAUAGCGCUUGAUGUUUUUUGCGACUGCACUUGAAAAAACGUUCAAAGUUCUUGAAAUGUUCCGUAUUGACUGACCUUCAUGUCUUAAAGUAAUGAUGGACUGUAAUUUCUCUUUGCUUAUUUGAGCUGUUCUUGCCAUAAUAUGGACUGGUUUUGCCAUAAUAUGGACUUGGUCUUUUAACAAUUAGGGCUAUCUUCCUGUAUACCCCCCCCCCCCCCCCCCCCCCCCCCCCCCCCCCCCCACCUUGUCACAACACAACUAAUUGGCUGAAACGCAUUAAGAAGGAAAUAAAUUCCACAAAUUAACUUUUAAGAUGGCACACCUGUUAAUUGAAAUGCAUUCCAGGUGACUACCUCAUGAAGCUGGUUGAGAGAAUGCCAAGAGUGUGCAAAGCUGUCAUCAAGGCAAAGUGUGGCUAUUUGAAGAAUCUCAAAUAUAAAAUAUAUUUUGAUUUGUUUAACACUUUUCUUGGUUACUACAUGAUUCCAUAUGUGUUAUUUCAUAGUUUUGAUGUCUUCACUAUUAUUCUACAAUGUAAAAAAUAGUACAAAUAAAGAAAAACCCUUGAAUGAGUAGGUGUGUCCAAACUUUUGACUGGUAGUGUAUCUCUCUCUCUCCUCUUUCCCUGUCUAGUACCCUCCCUCGAAGUUCAUAGUAGUUAUAUAAUGUUUGGUGUGUGAUGUGUUUCUCUCUCCUUGCCCCUGCCAUAAUACAUGCUAAUUGGUUUGAAGAAUGACAUCCUAUCUCUAGAAAGCUCUCCUCUCAUUUCACUGGGAGGUAUCUGGUGAUAUAGCAACUCUACUGGAGUCUGUAGUGUACCGUAGAUGUUUCCAUCUCCCUGCCAUAAUACGUGCUAAUUGGCUUGAAGAAUGGCAUCCUGCUCCCUCGUUGGGAGGUAUCUGCUUACACAUAUCAGUUGUUUACCGAAGCAUUGAAAUGAAUGUGUAAGACUAGGUGGGUGGUCGGCUAGCAACAACUGUGAUGGAUGCUGUGUUCUGUGUAAAAUGGCCACCUCAGCCUGUAGAUUCCCAGGAUGUUCUUGUGAAAUCCAGAGAAUUGUUGCCUUGUCCAUGAGCAGGGUGGGAAUUCACAGCUGUUCUCCCUGGUCUGUCUAUUAGAGGGCUCAUAUGUUACACUGGGCUGGAUAGAUAUUCCCCUCUAAUUUUUCCCCCUCUCCGGCUCCCUCUCUCCCUCUGUCACCAGAUAGUUCUGUCAAACAAAACAUGUAAAAAUGAUCUAUAGCCAUUGAAUUCUACCGUGCGUAAUAGGGAAAUAAUGCACGAUCUAGAAUGCCCUUCAAACCAAUCAGAAACAAGUAUUCAACAAUGCCCUGGUAUAAGUAACCAUAUUGAAUUAAUGUCAAUUACAGAGAUGCCUGUCACACGUACAGAUAUGCUGUAUGCUAUUACUAGCAAGGUGUUCGUUCGGCCACCAUUCUGCUAUUUUUAGUUCGUUAUGAAAUCAUCUGGACAUCCCCCAUUCAUUGGUGUGAUAUAAGUUACAUGCAUCCACCAAUAGGAACUUAGCGUAUAGUCUUGGGAAGUGGUCUCGUGGUUAUAUUUGUCUCUUACUGAUCUCUGGCAGUUGAUGCUCAUUAGGGAUAGCCAUUUACUGGCAGUUGAUGCUCAUGAGGGAUAGCCAUUUACUGGCAGUUGAUGCUUAUUAAGGAUAGCCAUUUACUGUCAGUUGAUGCUCAUUAGGGAUAGCCAUUUACUGGUACUCUAGGCUCAGGAAAACCAACAGUAGAUAGCCUCUUCCAGCAAUGUGCUAUAGCUCUAUAGGACCAUCCCCUCUGUGUUGAUGGACAGUGUGUUAUUAACUCUUUCACCUCACUGUAAUUAUCAUGCUGCACAGCUGCUGGAUGUGACCUUUCACACGCAUCAGUUUGGAAAAGACACUCCCUCAGACUAAUAGACAGACAUCAGUUGAGCUGGUGCCAGAUUGGAGUGUGUGUGUGUGUGUGUGUGUGUGUGUGUGGGGGGGGGGGGGGGGGGGUUCACAGGUGGAUCGCAGGUAAUUAUAGACUUAUUCAGGUUACAGUGAAGGGGAUUCUGAUGAUGGCAUAGAUAACUGUAGAGAGGACGAUCAUGACUAUAUACAAUUUAUUGGAUGUUUUGAAUGGUAUGUUUGCAAUUCUGUAUUCACAUUUUUUAAAAAUUGUAUUCACUUGAGGCUAAAUCUAAUUAGAAUUUAACAUGAGGUAUUACUUUUUGAAUGGACAGUGACUUACGUCCAAGAGUGAGGAAUGUGGGGAUACGUUUGACUGAUGUGUUGACACUUUGUGUCCCCACAGAGAGGACAUCAGGACGGCUAAUGUGAUCGCUGCUGAAGCUGUCACCUGCCUGGUCAUUGACAGAGAGUAA